AUGAACUAUGUGGGACAGCUGGCAGGGACAGUGUUUGGGACAGUGAAGGAGCUGUACCAGGGCCUGAACCCGGCCACGCUGAGCGGUGGCAUCGAUGUGCUGGUGGUGGAACAGGAAGAUGGCUCCUUCCGCUGCUCACCCUUCCACGUACGCUUCGGCAAGCUGGGUGUCCUGCGGUCAAGGGAGAAGGUGGUCGACAUCGAGAUCAAUGGGGAGCCUGUGGACCUGCACAUGAAGUUGGGGGACAGUGGGGAGGCCUUCUUUGUCCAGGAGCUGGAGAGCGAUGAGGAACACGUGCCCGCUCGCCUGUGCACCUCGCCCAUCCCUUGGGGGGGCCUGUCUGGCUUCCCCUCGGACUCCCAGCUGGGCACAACCAGUGAGCCUGAGGGCUCUGCUGUGGUGGGUGUGGCCUCCACAGGGCGGAAGAAGAGGCUCCGCAGGAGGAAACCCAGGCGGAAGGAGGACACUGUGGUCAAUGAAUCAAGUUCGGAGGAAUUGGAGGCAGCCACCGAGAGUGGGCUGUCCCUGCUGGAAACGCCAAGGCCGGAGCCCUCAAGUGUCCAGUUGGAAGGGGAGUCCUCACCGCUGCCUAAAGACAUCUACCCCUACUCUGAUGGGGAGUGGGCCCCUCAGACCAGCCUCACGUCAGAUGGGCUGAUAGCCCUUAAAAGUGACUCAGAGCUGGAGCUGCGGGCCUUGGAGCCUGGCCCUCUGAGAGCCGAGUCCCACAUGCAGUGGUCCUGGGGAAGGCUGCCUAAGGUGGCCAAAGCUGAGCAGUCCGAGUGUUCGGUGUUUCCUGCAGGCAACACCAAGGUAACCUUUCCUCCUCGGGGAGGGCCCAGCACCCUCUCUGUCUCUGUGGCUGGCAUGGACCCUUUGGGAUCCCCAAUCCUACACACGGGGGCUGGCGUCCCUCCCCGCACACCAGAGAGUGAGGAAACCAAGACUCAGAGUUCCAGGGACAUGCAUUUCCCUCCUGCCUCGAAAUCAUGGAGCUUGGCAGCUCUGGAGGUCCCAGUUCCUGCAAGGCCACCAGCAGCGAUCUGCAGGGGAAAGGGCUCCCUGAAGAGAAGCCAGCACCUGGGCCCCAGCGACAUCUACCUUGACGACUUACCCUCCCUGGACUCUGAGAAUGUAACCCUUUACUUUCCUCAAAGUGAUUGUGGGCUGGGGGCAAGGAGGUGGAGUGAACCUAGCAACCAGAAACUCCUAAGGGAUCCGAACCCUGAACAUGUACCAGAACCCAGUCUGGACACAGUGGACACAAUAAUGCUGUCCCUCUGUGGGGGACUGGCUGACAGCCGGGACAUCUCCCUGGACAAGUUCAGCCAGCACAUGGUCUCCUACCAGGACCUUGCCGAAAACCCCAGCCUCCUGGAGGACCCCAACCUUGUGGUGAAAAUCAAUGAGAAGCAUUAUAACUGGGCUGUGGCUGCCCCCAUAAUCCUCUCCCUGCAAGCCUUCCAGAAGAACCUGCCCAAGAACACUGUGGACAAGCUGGAGAAGGACAAGAUGCCCCGGAAGGGUGGGCGGUGGUGGUUUUCCUGGCGACGCAAAGACUUCCCUGAUGAGGAGCUCAGUGCCCAGACGGAGAAGAGCACAGUCAGGGAGGAGCGGAGGGAGAAGGCAGAUGCUCUGAGCAGCGAGGAUGAUGGCCCAGACAGCCCUGUGAUCCUUGAGGCCCCCUCCCUACCACCCUCACCUCCGGCCUUCAUUCCCACCUACAAGAAGUCCCUCCGCCUCUCCUCCGAGCAGAUCAGGCAGCUGAACCUACAAGAAGGCAGCAAUGACGUGGUUUUCAGCGUGACCACCCAGUAUCAGGGCACCUGCCGCUGCAAGGCCACCAUCUACCGGUGGAAAUGGAAUGACCAGGUGGUCAUCUCUGACAUCGAUGGCACCAUCACCAAGUCGGAUGCUCUGGGCCACAUACUGCCCCAGUUGGGGAAAGACUGGACCCACCAGGGCAUCACAAGUCUCUACCACAAAAUCCACCAAAAUGGAUACAAAUUCCUGUACUGUUCUGCGCGGGCCAUUGGCAUGGCUGACCUCACCAAGGGGUACCUGCAGUGGGUAAGCGAGCGGGGCUGUGGCCUCCCCAAGGGCCCCAUUCUGCUGUCUCCAAGCAGCCUCUUCUCCGCCCUCCACAGAGAGGUGAUUGAGAAGAAGCCGGAGGUGUUCAAGAUCGCCUGCCUGAGUGACAUCCAGCAGCUGUUUCUGCCCCACGGACAGCCCUUCUAUGCAGCCUUUGGGAACCGGCCCAAUGAUGUCUUUGCCUAUCGGCAGGUGGGCCUCCCUGACUCUCGCAUCUUCACGGUCAAUCCACGGGGAGAGCUUAUCCAGGAGCUCGUGAAGAACCACAAGUCCACGUACGAACGGCUUAGCGAGGUGGUCGAGCUCAUCUUCCCUCCUGUGGCCCGUGGCCCCUGCAUGGACCUGGCCAAGCCAGAAUACAGCACCUUCUGCUACUGGCGGAAGCCCCUGCCAGCUGUGGACCUGGAUGUCCUGGCUUGA